CCGACUCACUUGUUCACUCUCAUCCCACUUUCCCUUAUCCUCCAUGCACAGAAUCGCACUUAGAAACUCGGCACGCAGAGCUGCGCUCGCCGCUGCCCCCAAGAGCCAGCUUGCUACGCGCUCGUAUGCAACUGCUAAGCCUGCUGCAUCGGAGGUUUCCUCGAUAUUGGAGUCCCGCAUCUCGGGCACCUCUGUCGCCGGCAACGUCGAAGAGACUGGCCGUGUCUUGAGCGUCGGUGACGGUAUUGGACGUGUCUGGGGUCUCAGGAACGUCCAGGCCGAGGAGAUGGUGGAAUUCUCUUCUGGUGUCCGUGGCAUGUGUCUGAACUUGGAGGCGGACAACGUCGGUGUCUCCAUUUUCGGUAACGACCGUCUCAUCAAGGAGGGCGACACCGUCAAGCGUACCGGCCAGAUCGUCGACGUUCCUGUUGGCCCUAACCUGCUCGGCCGUGUUGUUGACGCUCUCGGUAACCCCAUCGACGGCAAGGGCCCCAUUGAGGCUGCUGAGCGCCGCCGUGCCUCCGUCAAAGCACCCGGCAUUCUCCCCCGUCGCUCGGUCAACCAGCCCAUGAUGACUGGUCUCAAGCCCAUCGACGCUAUGGUGCCCAUUGGUCGUGGCCAGCGUGAGCUUAUCAUCGGUGACCGUCAGACCGGUAAGACCGCCGUCGCCAUCGACACCAUCCUCAACCAGAAGCGCUGGAACGAUGGCCAGGAUGAGUCUAAGAAGCUCUACUGUGUUUACGUUGCUGUCGGUCAGAAGCGUUCCACCGUCGCUCAGCUCGUCAAGACCCUUGAGGAGAACGACGCCAUGAAGUACUCCAUCAUCGUCGCUGCCACCGCCUCCGAGGCCGCUCCUCUCCAGUACCUUGCUCCCUUCUCGGGCUGUGCUAUGGGCGAGUGGUUCCGUGACAACGGCAAGCACGCCCUUAUCAUCUACGAUGACUUGUCCAAGCAGGCCGUUGCUUACCGCCAGAUGUCCCUCCUUCUCCGUCGUCCUCCCGGUCGUGAGGCCUACCCUGGUGACGUUUUCUACCUCCACUCGCGUCUCCUUGAGCGUGCUGCCAAGAUGAGCGAUAAGUUCGGUGGUGGAUCCCUCACUGCUCUCCCCAUCAUUGAGACCCAGGGUGGUGAUGUCUCUGCUUACAUUCCCACUAACGUUAUCUCCAUCACCGACGGUCAGAUCUUCUUGGAGGCUGAGCUCUUCUUCCGUGGUGUCCGUCCCGCCAUUAACGUCGGUCUGUCCGUGUCGCGUGUCGGCUCUGCUGCCCAGACCAAGAUCAUGAAGAAGUUCGCUGGUUCGCUCAAGCUCUACCUCGCCCAAUACCGUGAGGUCGCCGCCUUCGCCCAGUUCGGUUCCGAUCUCGAUGCCUCGACGCGCUUCCUGCUCUCCCGUGGUGCUCGUCUCACCGAGCUCCUCAAGCAAGGCCAGUACCAGCCUCUCUCCACCGAGAUCCAGGUGCCCAUCAUCUACGCCGGUGUCAACGGUCUUCUCGAUACCAUCCCCGUCGACCAGAUCACCCGCUGGGAAGCUGAGUUCCGCCAGCACCUUACCUCCGCGCAGACCGCCCUCCUCGAGGAGAUCUCGAGUGGUAACGUCACCCCCGAGGUUGAGGCUAAAAUCAAGAAGGUCGUCGAAGACCACGUUUCCUCUUUCACUUCGUAGAUUUCCUAUAGAUAAGCUGGACACCAGUAUUAUUGUCUAGUCUAUCCCUUGCAAUACCAUUAUGAACUUCAUUUUGGUUACACUAAUGAUUCAAUACACUCACUUGGCC